AUGAUUUAUGUAGGUGGAGUUCCAUUUGCAACUGAUGAAUCAUCCCAGGGCACCCAUAUGUUGAUUUCUUUGAUGGAGCAUCCCAUUUUGGUAUCAGCCUCAAGCUCAUUUAAAUUUCUUCCAGAGAGAAAGUUCUCAGUUUCUGAACCCUCUGGUUCAGAAGCAUCAAGAAAUAGUAAAUGGGUCUACAUUUUCCAAAGGGAAUUUGCAACAGUUGACCCUGCACUCAUUGAUUUUGUUGGUACUGAUGAGGCAACAACCUGUGUGGGCCUUGUAAUCCGUAACCAAAAACAUGGAAUGGUUUCUGUUGCUCAUAUGGAUACUCCAAGUGUUGUUGAUAUUGGCCUCAGUCAGAUGUUGUCUUUGGUUGCAGAUCAUGAUCCUGAUACCGUGCUGGAUGUGCAUCUAAUAGGCGGAUAUGAUGAUACCUCGUCUAAAAAUGAAUAUCUUGCUAACAAAAGUAGUGCCAAAUUGGAUGGAUAUUCACAUACUUUGUGUGCCAAGAUAAUUGAAACCCUGAGGAAUAGGAAUGAAAAAUUUCAGAUUCAAACUCUCCAUGUUCUUCAGCAUAACACCAGAUGGGAUCCUGACGGAACUGCACUGCCCAUCUUUAGUGGAUUUGUGGUGGACACGUCGACUGGGUCAAUUAUACCAGCCAGCUUUGAUAGAACAUCAAGAUGCCCAGAUGAAGUGGUUCGAAGAAUUCGAGUGACUGCGUGCUAUGAUGAUCCCAAAUGGGAUGGCAGGUUGCUUGAGGCAUAUGACACCAAGACCGACCAAUUUGUCAUUGCUCCAUGCACUUGGAGCUCACACCAAUUAUACUUAGCAAUGGCAAUUCAAGAACUCUCCGAUGCAGAAAUCCUCCUUAGAUGUUCAACUUCACCUUCUGCUGAGAGCCCAGAUUUUGUGGAGAAUGAAAGAAGGCAGUGUGACUACUUGAUUCAUCAUCCACUUUGGAGAGAAACAUUUCCUCAUAAGCAGCCUCGCACAUUUCAGAGGAUUGAAGAUGGAAGUUGGGUGAAAUGCUAA